AUGAAGGAGAUCACGAAACGCUUGGGUGCCGUCGGUGCUACUCGCCUUUCAGGGUGGGGAGCGCGUGAUCCUCACUGUGCCUGGUUGGAGACACUACAGGAAAUGGCUGCCAACCGAUGUCAGUGGCGUCCUUGUUAUUGCCUGAGGGAAUGUCUGGAGGGGCUUUCAAAUAAGUCAUGGUUGUACGGCAGUGAAGCAUCGGUGUUGAACACUGAUGUCAUGCUGUCGAUGAUGGUGAUGAUGAUUCCGGAUAAAAGGGCCUGUAGAAAUAAAAAUCGUGAUACCUUCAUCCAUCACUUGAGUUGGGCUUACUGGUUUGCUGUUAAGGAAUAUUGGGCAAAUGUGAUUGAGGAUUUACUGACCGGAGGAUCCGUGAUUCGAACCCAGUCUCUGCAUUUCGGCUUCUCUCUAGGCUUGAGCAAUUGGGCUGUAUCCCAAUACUCGUACUUCCUUCGCGUGGCAUGGCAGCUAGGCACCGAAAGGGUGCUACAGUCCAAAGAUUUUUUCAAAGGUGGAUUGGUAACCUGUCCACAUAGACAUCCUGAAGAAGCCUGA